AUGCACCAGAACAUUGCUACGCCAAAAGCAAUUUUUACAAUGUGGUUACAGUUCCAUGGGAGACUACUCAUUGCAGAUAGGUUGACUAGUUGGGACAUGCCAGUUGAACCAUUGUGUAGUUUAUUGAACCAGUUGCCUGGAACUAGAGAUCAUCUUUUUGCAGAAUGUGCCUUCACUACGCACCCAUGCGCAAGGAUUAGUCUAUGGCUUCAUAUACCAGCUUCCCCUGCUAGGUCUUGGAUUGAAAUGCACCAGUGGGUCAUCAGUUACACCAAAGGAAGGACUUUUCAGGCUAAACUAUACAAAUUCAUUUAUGCUGAGUUCAUUCACACCGUGUGGCUUGAGAGAAAUGCAAGAGUCUUUGAAAAGAAGGAGUCAUCUGUGGAGAUGUUGGCAAGACAAGUAGCAUGUUUCAGCAAUAUCAGGGCAAAAGGUUACUUAAAGGUGUUGCUUAGUAAAUGUAAAUUCUAG